AAGUGGUGGACUGUCCUCGGGUUACAGCAGUGCGUUGGCUCUAAACUAUGAGACGUUAGCGGCAGGCCGACCUUCGCGGAGCCGCAGACAGCGCAGCUAGCAUGGCGUCCUCCGCCGGCCCGGCCCGCUCCGCUCCAGCCUCCGCGGCCCGGCCGUCGCUGCGCCCUCCCCUGCCGGCCUCGGCCCACUCCGCGCCGGGCUGCGUUAUGCUGGAGUCCGUGGACGACGCGGAGGGGCUGUACGUAGCCGUGGAGCGCUGCCCUCUGUGCAGCACCUCCCGCCGCAGGCUUACCUGCGCUCGCUGCGUGCAGGCCGGAGACUUCGUGUACUUCGACGGCAGGAAUACAGAGAGGUACACUGAGAAGCUAGAGCGGCUGAAGAAGCUGAAGGGGGAGAAGGAGCAGCUGCAGCAGAGUGUCGUGCAGGCCAUGAACAGGAAGCUGCUGGCUGACGAGAUGAAAUGGAAGAUCAUGUCGUGUAAGAUGAAGGUGGAGCAGCUGAAGGAGGCGGUCGCAUGGGGCAAUGAGGAGGCGAAGCGCGAUAACGAGCGCCUCUCCAGGUGUCAGGAGGACGUCCAGCGGCUGCAGCGUCGGGCCGUUCGCCAUGGCGAGAAACGUGACAAGAUCGAGCGCCACAACCGGCGUCUCGGCGAGCUGAUGGAGAAGCGCAGCCGAGACCUGCAGAGCCGACUGAGCCAGCUCGCCGCACUGCGGCGGGAGCACAUCCGUGACCUCACCACCCACAUCUUCCCCAUGCAGGAGGAGAAACUGAGCAGCAGAGACCCCGCGGACGUCCUGGCCGAGUGCGACCCGCUGACCUCGAGCACGGUGAGCGAGCUGGCCGAGGCCCGGAGAACCACCUACCUGUCAGGACGCUGGAUCUGGGACGACCAGAACGGAGAGACGAGCAUCAGCAUCACGGGGCCCCCUGUGGCCCUGCCCAGCAAUGGAGACUGCUCCGCCUACUACAGCUGGGUGGAGGAGAAGAGCACCAAUCAGGGCCCAGAGCUGGACCACAUUAACCCGGCUCACACCAUCAGCGCCGCCCUCUGCUUCACCACGCAGCUCGUCACUAUCCUGUCCCACAUGCUGGAUGUCAACCUGCCCAAGAAGCUCUGCAACAGCGAGUUCUGCGGAGACAAUCUGAGCCGCUACCGCUUCACCCGAGCUCUGAGCAAGCUCAACACCAACGUGCUCCACCUGUGCUUCUCUCAGCACGUUGACAGCGAGAAGCUCCACCUCCAUCACACCCUGAGGAACAUCAUGUUUCUGGUUGCCCCUGACAACGACAGCCUGGGCAGGACGGGUCCGUUCGAGGUGUGCGCUGACCUGGAGGAGUCCAUGGAGUUCGUGGAGCCGGAGGCGGAGGGGCCGGCGGAGGAGAGCGGAGACGAGGCGGUGACGGACGAGGAGACAGACCUGGGGACGGACUGGGAGACGGUGCCCAGCCCGCGGUUCUGUGACAUCCCUUCACAGUCCAUGGAUCUUUCCCAGAGUGCCCUGCAGGUCUCGCAGCCCGCCGCCAACACUGGAGGGAUGAUCUCGUCUGCCGCCGCCUCCGUCAGCUCCUGGCUCAGAACCUACACUGGCCAGCGCUGACCCCGCGGAGUCCCGGGGCUUGUUUGGAUCUCAGGGGUCAGAGGUCACCAUCAGCGCUUCAGACUCUGAAAAUAUAAACGUGCUGUUUGAGGACCUGAGAGGUCCUGCUGACGCGUCACUGCUGAUUUGAUUGGUUGAACUUUUUUCACCUGCUGUGAGGUCGUAUCGCGGAGCCACUCAGUCUCUGAUUGGACGACGUGUGGGGUGAGGUUGUUACAGUCUGAAGGGGUGGAGCUCUCAAUUUGCAAUAAAAUCCCUGAAGUAAGCUCCACGCUAAGGCGUGGCUCAGUCUCCAGCGUGUUGGCGUCACGGCGACCUGACGUGUCCUUUAAGGUCGUGAUGAGAAACUGGAAGCGCUCGCGUCAGCAGACUGCAGGACGCCACGAGGUCAACAUGCGCUCUGGUUGGAGGAUUCUGCUCCGGCGCCGAGGCCGCUCCAAGCCUGACUCGUUUUUAUGAAAACACUAUUUUCAGUUUUUCUUGUACAUUUUCAGCCUGAUUCAAAAAAAGGUUUCUUCUUGUGAGCGGAGCGUGCGUCAUCGUCUCUUCUGAUUGGCUCCAGUUUAGAAAAUCGAGCUGCCAUCACAGAGCAGCUGGGAAUCAAACCUUCGCCCGACGCUGACCUUUGACCUGCUGCUCCUUUCUGACUGGACAGAGAACAGCUGUCUGUGAUUGGGUCCUGAAACGCAGUUGCUCUGUAACGUGCAUCCUGAUUGGACGAGGAGGUAACACUACUAUCGUCUCGCUGCUUGAAGGUGUCGCUGAGCUCGCUCUGAUCGAUUGGAGUCAGCUGACCGAGCCACCUCACGCUUUUUAGCUGAGCUGGUGACUCUGAAGUGGGAUUGAUGAUGAUGCCGUUUUAUGGAUGAACAUGUUUUAUUUGAAGUGUUUCAGUUUGUGUGACGUUUGAAAUAAAAUCCUGUUUUCUGCUU